GUCUCCUGGAUUACAGUUCACGGUCGUACAGCCGACGAGAGGCACCAGCCUGUUCACUAUGACGCCAUUAAGACCAUCAAGGACAGUCUUUCCAUCCCGGUCAUCGCUAACGGUGACAUCAAGAGCAUGCAGGACGUGGAGGCCGUCUACGAGCUCACGGGGGUGGACGGCGUGAUGGCUGCUCGGGGAUUGCUGGCCAAUCCUGCCAUGUUUGCCGGGUACGAGGAGACCCCGCUGCAGUGCGUGUGGGACUGGGUGGACAUCGCAGUGGAACACGGGACCCCGUUCACCUGUUUCCACCAUCACCUG